AUGGCGACUACAUUCUUGAUUUCAUCUCUUUUGAUUGUGAUAUCAUCAAUUAUCCAGUCCGAGGCCAUAGCCUCAUCUCACAAGUCUCAUCAGCAAUCUGUAUUGGAUACAGAUGGCAAUGAGAUCCAAGCAGGACAAUCCUACUACAUUGUCUCAGCCAUCCGAGGUGGCGGAGGUGGUGUGUCACUUGAUAGAAGGGAGAAGUCUCACUCAUUAGUUGUGAGGCAACAUGGUUCCGAAAUGAAUUUUGGCACACCCAUAUCUUUCUCUCCAGCAUCAGCUUCAAUGGAAGGGAGAAUUGUCACACUCCCAAAAGAUCGAGCCACUGGGAGGAUGCUUCUUAGAAAGAGAAUCCCCUCAUCAUCAUCAAAGGCAAACACUAUCCUUGAAUCGGCAGAUGUGAACAUUAGAUUCUCAGGGAUGCCUGUAGUUUGGCAGGUUCAAGAAUCACAGGGAUCAUCUUCGUCAAGCAAGAGAAGGUAUGUUGCAAUUGGAGGACAACCGGGACACCCUGGUUCCUCAACUGUGAAAAAUUGGUUCAAGAUCGAGCGAAUUAGCAAAUCAAUCCAAGCGUACCGCAUUGCAUACUGCCCUAGUGUUUGCGAAUCUUGUGAGGUCGUGUGUGGAAAUGUGGGCAUAUUAUCAGAAAGUGACAGAAGGUGGCUUUCCGUGUCUGAAAAUACAGAGUUUGCAUUUGUAUUUGUCAAGGUUAGACACGACUAA